AUGGAGAACGAAUUCAAGAAGAUAAGUAGUGCGGUCCCAAAGGAAAGCGAUUUUAUUGAUGUAAUCCUUUCUCUCAAGGAGCAGACACCAACACUUCGUACCUACGAUGAUGAAGACGACCCUUUCGUGAUAGACGACAUGAUAGACUCCUGUUACGUAAAGGUCAGCUCUGCUGUGACAAGAUUUGCAGACAUGUUCUCUAAGGUUUACGACGAGUUUCCAAACGUAUUUGGGCUUGAUCCGUUGGAUCGUAGCAUUCUUCGUCGGCGCUUCAAUUUCCUUCGCUACGAGGAAGCCCGAGGUGAAGCCUCGUUUGCAAGUUAUAUGAUGGCCAACAUCUCUGCCAAGUAUCUGAACCUCCUCAGAGCAGAUGUCUGUGAUUCCCUGGACAAGUGCAAAUCCCUUAAAAGGGCUGCUUUUGCGCGUAUGCUUGCUGUUGUGAGGAGAUGCGUUCCCAGUCUCGCGUUUCUCGACAAAGUCCGUGAGUACAUGGCCAAUUUGGAUGUUGGUGGUGAGCAUGCUUCUGCUUCUGCUGCUUCGAAUUACAAUCACGAUGAAGGCUACACUGCCCCGCAACUCACCAGACGUGAGUUUGCUGAAAACAUUGAGCAACUUGUUGAUCCACAGACUUUGGUUUGGCUUGAGGGACUUGAUCGUGUGCCUGUCCAAAGUCUCAAAGAUGCUGCUGGCAUGAAUUUGGUCCGUUGUGCUUCUACUCACACGGCUAAAUGA